AACACAGAUCUGUGUAGAGAGCAUUUUUUGUGUUCCUGUUUACUUCUAUGAGCAUAAAAAGUUCACAGACGGAGGCCACGGAGGAAAAGGGGAGAGGAACACAGGCUGCAGCUGAAAGUUCAGCCAAGAACAGUGGACAGGAGAGCCGCUGGAGAUACAGUAUUACAGAACUAUGUUUGCAAUUGACCCUGUGACGGUGCUUCUGUCUAUAGUUUCCAUCCUCUUCUUGGCCCAUGUGUAUAACAAGAGACAGGACAAGUACAAGAAUUUCCCACCUGGACCAAAACCAUGGCCAAUCAUUGGAAAUAUGCUUAGUAUUGACAUGAAGAGACCACACGAGACCUUUAUAGAGUUAUCCAAAACUUAUGGUCCAGUGAUAGGUGUCCAAAUAGGAUUGAAGAAGGUGGUUGUCCUUUGCGGAUAUGACACACUGAAAGAUGCUUUAAUCAACCACGCUGAGCAAUUUGCUGACAGGGCGGUCGCACCAAUAAUUCGUAAAAGCCAAAUGGAAAAUGGCAUUAUCUUUUCUAAUGGAGAGAACUGGAAGGUGAUGAGAAGAUUCACACUUUCCACACUACGGGAUUAUGGGAUGGGAAAGAGGACUUUAGAAGACAAGAUUAUUGAGGAAGCGGAAUGCUUGGUCCAGACUAUUAAGUCACAUGGAGGAAAACCUUUUGACAAUCAAACUAUUAUAAAUGCAGCUGUGGCCAACAUUAUUGUAUCCAUACUACUGAGCCAUAGAUUUGAGUAUGAGGACCCCAUUUUGCAGAAGCUCAUGACAUUAGUUAAUGAGAAUGUAAAACUUAUAGGUGCCCCUAUAGUAAAGCUGUACAACAGCUUUCCAUUUCUAGUGGGCUUGUUACCUGGAAGCCACAAGAAGGUAUGUGCAAACCGACUACAGUUUCACGACUUUGUAAGAGCAACAUUUACUGAGCAGAGAAAAGUACUGGAUGUAAAUGAUCAGAGGAACCUUGUUGAUGCAUUUCUGGCCAAGCAGCAAGAGGGGACACCAGAAUCUACUCUGUAUUACCAUGAUGACAAUUUAACAACCCUGGUGAGCAAUCUGUUUUUUGCUGGAAUGGAGACGACAUCCACCACUUUAAGAUGGGGCCUCCUGUUUAUGAUCAAAUAUCCUAAUAUACAAAAGAAAGUACAAGAUGAAAUUCAGAAAGUCCUUGACACAGCUCAGCCUAGAGUAGAGCACAGGAAACAAAUGCCGUACACUGAUGCUGUCAUUCAUGAGAUCCUGCGCUGUAGUGAUGUCACACCGGGAAGUGUUGUACGUGCAACUUCACAAGAUGUCAAAUUUAGAGGAUAUUUUAUUCCAAAGGGAACCACAGUAAUUCCAGUGCUCUACACUUCACUGAGAGAUGAGUUAUACUUUGAAAAACCAAACGAGUUCUACCCAGAACAUUUUCUUGAUUCUAAAGGCAAUUUUAAGAAGAAUGAUGCAUUUAUUCCAUUCGCUAUUGGAAAAAGAAUCUGUGCUGGGGAAACAUUGGCGAAGAUGGAGUUGUUCCUCUUUUUUACAAAACUGCUACAACACUUUACUUUCCAGGCCCCUCCAGGAGCUGUACUAAACCUUACCCCUGACCCAGGGUUUACAAACACCCCGUUCCCUCAUGAACUCUGUGCAAUCUCCCGCACCUAAAUGUAUUCUGCUCUGAAAUGCAUAGUGAUUUAAUAAACAUUGCAUUGUUUUAAAAAGAAA